CCAGGUACGGGCGUUUGCUCCGUGGAGCCGUGGGAGCUGGAAUCCCGGGGUGUGUUGUAGUGGGGUGGGGCGGCGGAGAAAGUGGCAGCCCGGAAGACGGGACGUCGGAGUUCAAGCGUGCCCCGAGUGGAAGACUUUGGGCUUGUUUGUUGUUGGGUGUUUUUCUCUUUUUCCUGUUUUUUUUUUCUUUCUUUUUAAAAAUUUAAACCUCUGCCGCCGCCGCCGCUGCUGCUAGGCGGGGGUCGAUCGGUGGGUGGGAGAGACCGGAGCCUCCCUCACCUCUUGGUGUGUCUCCCCUCUCCUUUUCCCGGCCCCCCCAACCCAACUUCCUAGUCCUCGCUGCGGGGUCGGAGCGGAGGCGGGGAGCGCGCUCCAUCCACAGCCUCUGCCCAAGCGAGCGAGCGAGCGAGCGGAGCGGCGGCUCUGUCCCCGGAGCUGCCCUGCCAGCGAGCCAGCAUAGCCAUGGCUACGAGGGUGCUGACCAUGAGCGCCCGGCUGGGGCCGGUGCCGCAGCAGCAGCAACAGCCGCCGCCCCAGGACGAGCCCGUGUUCGCCCAGCUUAAGCCCGUGCUGGGAGCCGGGAACGCGGCCCGGGAAGCGGCGCUCUUCCCCGGGGAGGAGAUGAAGCACCCGCACCACCAUGCCCACCAUCCCCAGCAGCAGCAGCAGCCGCCCCAACAGCAGCAACAGCCCCAGCCGGGGAGCACCAGGCUCCCGGCCGAGGAGCUGGUCCAGACGAGAUGUGAAAUGGAGAAGUAUCUGACACCUCAGCUUCCGCCAGUUACUAUCAUCCCAGAGCAUAAGAAGUACAGGAGAGACAGUGCCUCAGUUGUAGACCAGUUCUUCACGGACAGUGAAGGGUUACCUUACAGUAUCAACAUGAAUGUCUUCCUCCCUGACAUCACCCACCUGAGAACUGGCUUGUACAAAACUCAGAGACCGUGCGUGACCCACAUCAAGACAGAACCUGUGACCAUUUUCAGCCAUCAGAGUGAAACUACUGCCCCUGCCCCAGCCCCCACUCAGGCUCUCCCUGAAUUCACCAGUAUAUUCAGCUCCCACCAGACUGCAACUCCAGAUGUGAACAACAUUUUCAUCAAGCAAGAACUUCCAACACCAGAUCUUCAUCUUUCUGUCACUCCCCAACAGGGUCAGUUGUACCAGCUUUUGAGUUCACCGGAUUUAGAUAUGCCCAGUUCUACAAACCAGACAGCAGUAAUGGACACACUUAAUGUCUCCAUGCCAGCAGCCAUGGCAGGCCUUAAUACACUCACCUCAGCUGUUCCACAGACUGCAAUGAAGCAAUUCCAGGGUAUGCCCCCCUGCACAUACACAAUGCCAAAUCAGUUUCUUCCACAACAGGCCACUUACUUCCCCCCUUCGCCACCAAGUUCAGAGCCUGGAAGUCCAGACAGACAAGCAGAGAUGUUGCAGAAUUUAACACCCCCUCCUUCUUAUGCUGCUACAAUUGCUUCUAAACUGGCAAUUCACAAUCCAAAUUUACCAGCCACCCUGCCAAUUACUUCACAGAAUAUCCCAACAGUCAGAUACAAUAGAAGGAGUAACCCAGAUCUAGAGAAGAGACGGAUCCACUACUGUGAUUAUCCUGGCUGCACAAAAGUUUAUACAAAGUCUUCCCAUUUAAAAGCUCACCUGAGGACUCAUACUGGUGAAAAGCCAUACAAGUGCACAUGGGAAGGAUGUGACUGGAGAUUUGCUCGCUCUGAUGAAUUAACACGUCACUACAGGAAACACACAGGAGCCAAACCUUUUCAAUGUGCUGUGUGUAACCGGAGCUUCUCUCGCUCUGAUCACCUAGCUCUGCACAUGAAAAGACACCAGAAUUGAGAUGGAACUGUUUCUUGAGGCUUGUCAGAGUCUAUGCAAUUCAUUAUUGAUGUUAUGCAGUUAGAUUUGGCAAAUUUUUAACUAUGAACUUACCAUAAAGAAAUUGAAAACUGGAAGUGUAUAUUUUGUAUAUUUGAGAGAUAACAGGGAAUUAUGUUAUUAAUACCAAAGUGUUCAUUCAUUUUAAGAACCUGAUACUGCUUGCUGUAAUAUAUGGCUUUAUUUGGCAGGUUUCAUCUCGUAACAGGUAGUCACAUCUCAAGGAGUUGAGUUAUGUAGGU